GCGUGUUGAAGAAGCUUGAGCUCCGGCUGGCCGCACGGUCGGCUCGGUAUUCACGGACUGAAGGCCGAGUCAGCAAAUUCCUGGUGAAUAAUCCUGUAUUUCCGGGAAUUACCGGCGUCCGCGGUUUCGCCAGAUUGACGGACCCUUCGAGUGUAGAAGCGGCCGUUUAACGAUAGGGAAUGGAGCGAGCUACUGCCCACCCGAAUGGAUCGCUUUUCCCUUUAAGGAUUAAACUUUGACAAGUUAGAUGGGAAUUUGCCCAGUUCUUUUCAGUCGGCGCCCUCUGCUCUUUCUGACCAUUUUGCUGCAGUAUUGCGGAGACUGAGCUUUGAGUUUGGCUGAAGACCAUCCCGCACCGAGGCGGCACUCAGGACGGACAGAGCCCAGCCAGAGCGAGCCGCUGCCCGGCCAAGGCCUCCAGGUGUCACGGGGAGGACGAACGAUAUUCUAUGAACAACCGUCCUGUUUCCAUUGGUGUUUUCAGAGUUGGUUCUCCAAAUAUUCGUUUUGAAAGAUGAACCUGACACGAAGAACCUCGGUUUCAGCAGACCAGAGCUUUCCGAAUUCAAUCAACACCUCGGCUGCGUGGAUCACUGGUAAUGCAACGGUGGCAGAUCUCCAGGAGCUGAUCCAUACAGCCACUCUCGCCACGUGUACUCUCUUAUUGGUACUUAUAUUCUGUUUGGGAACAUACGGCAAUCUCAUUGUCUUCUUGUCGUUCUUUGAUCCAGCAUUUAGGAAAUUCCGGACUAACUUUGACUUUAUGAUCCUGAACCUUUCCUUUUGUGAUCUAUUCCUCUGUUGUGUGACAACACCCAUGUUUGCUUUCAUUUUAUUUUUUGAUUCAGAUAGCAACGUCUCUCAGGCUUUCUGCUUCACCUUUCACCUUACCAGCGCUGGAUUCAUAAUAAUGUCCCUCAAAUCUGUGGCAGUUAUAGCACUACAUCGCCUGCGGAUGGUGCUGGGCCAGCAACCCAACACGACAGCUUCUUUUCCCUGUGCACUUAUCCUAACCAUCAGUCUGUGGACUGUAAGUUUUACCCUAGCUACCCUGGCUACCCUCAGGACAUAUCCAGAGAGAUCCAGAGUAUGUGUGCCCCUCUUUGGAUGCAUUGGUGGAGAUGGUAAAGUGAUACUAUAUCUCUAUGUUAUAGAUUUUGCAUUUUGUGUGGGCAUUGUGUCAGUGUCCUAUGUGAUGAUAGCCCGCACACUGAAGAGAAAUGUACAGAUGAGGAAAUGUGCCAUCAUUACAGUUGAUACAUCAAGACCCAAAGCCCUCAUGAGCGCGGGGAUUGACAGUAUACAGCUGCAGCCUCUUUACCAAAAUCAGAAUUACAACAAACUGCAGCACGUCCAAACACAUGCCUACAGCAAAAAACUUACCCAUGUCCAGACUUCUGCAAAUAGGUUGCAACUUGUGUCUUCAGUGAACCUUUCUGGCACAAAAGAUUCAAAAGCUGUGGUGACAUGUGUCGUCAUUGUGCUCUCAGUAUUUAUUUGCUGCCUGCCAUUGGGAAUCUCCCUUAUACAAGAUGUUUUGACAUCAAGGAGCAGUUUUAUUUUAAAUCAGCUUAAGCUGUGUGGGUUCACAUUAAUAUUCUUUAAAUCAGGACUAAAUCCAUUUAUAUACUCACGCAACAGUGCUGGACUCAGGAAAAGAAUUCUCUGGUGUACACAGUACGUGGCUCUGGGCUGCUUGUGUUGCAAGCAUAAGACUCGAUUACGAGCAGUAGGAAAAGGGAGCCUCGAUGUGAACAGAAACAAAUCGUCUCAUCAUGAAACAAAUUCAGCUUAUAUGCUGUCGCCUAAACCACAGGGAAAGUUGGUGGACCAGGCUUGUGGGCCCAGUCACUCAAGAGACAGUAUGUUAAGUCCUAAAAUGUCAAUUGGCCAGCAGCAUUAUGCACAGAGUAACUCAACACCUAUCAACACAAGGAUUGAGCCUUACUACAGUAUUUACAACAGCAGCCCUUCCCAAGAAGUAAGCACUCCAAGCAGUUUGCAGCCAGUGAACGCUACCUGUGGAUUUGCCAAAUCGCAGAUUGCCAAGCAUCAUUAUAUGGCAAAAAUACCAGAUUUUGUGCAGGAGUAUGAUAAGACUUCUACCAAGCAAAUACCAGUCCCAUCAAUUUAACAACAUGUUAUAAGUGUAGAAUUAUACAGCAAAGGAGGAGGCCAUUCAGUGCAUUGUACCUGUACUAAGAAUGACAGCUGUUGUGUUCUUUACUCACAUAAAUACCAUGUAAUUAACAAUAUGCAUCGAUUAAAUAUUGGAAAGGCCUGGAACUUUUCAUGCCUCUUUCAUAAACUUCCAUUUGCAUAACUUUUUUGUAACAAGAAACGCUUGAUUUUAAUAAAUCCCAUACAAGAAUGUAUGCAUUGUUUAAAAGCUAUGUUAUUUUGUA